GAAUCAAUCAUGUGAACUGGCAGCCCACUGCUCUGUCUGACAGUUGUAAAAAACGCGGUUUUGAUUCAUCCGGUGUCCGCGGUUUAACUUGGUGUCUCGUUUGUUUUCUUCGGCGCCAUCAGAAUCAUAAUAAUUCAACCGCUGCUGUUGUUGGAAAAUGCAGUUCCACAUGUAAAGAAUACCACAGUUUCCUGAACAUCCAACGGUCUGCCAGCUUCCGCGAAGCCAACAAGCGUACUCGUCGGCUAAGGAUUAGAACAAUUGCGCGACAGCCUGAUGUUGAUGGGGCCAAAUUCAAAAAAGUCAAGGAUACGAAUUUGCAAACAGAAGGAAAAAGGCGCUAAUGGGUGAACAAAAGGAUGCGAAAGUUUGCGUUGAAUCCGGAGUUCUACCGAAGCAUCACCCACGAGCGCAGCAAAACGCUCUCCAGAAUUUGGAAAACGAUCCGGCUGAGCUCCCAAAAGCCAUCAAGGGCAGGAGAUGUGGGAUGAAACUUCCGAUUGGAUCCAAAUGUGACAUAUGUUCCACUUUCCCUUGUUGGAUAAGACGGAGUUGUGCAAGGUCUGGCGGUCACCGGAAAGCAAAAACUAUAAACCGAAAAUGGAGCUCAAUAUCAUCAAGUGUCGUGUCCACAAACGGUCAAUCAACAUCAUUAGACCUCGACCAUGGCCUUAACAUCCACUCGACCAAUAUCAUCAACAUGUUCAUGGUUACGGUAUCCUUGAGCAGCGGGGACAACGGUGGUAAUGGACGUGGCGGCGCAGGUGGUGGCAACAAUCUCAUGCAUAUUUACUCCUACAGAUACGCGAUUUUUUAGUUAUACGCGAAAAUAUGUUAUUAUAUUAUCAUUUGGAAACAACCCGAAUAGAAUGAAAUUAUACAACUAUUUUUCUA